AGAGCGAUCCUCUAGCAGAAGAUAUGCCGGAACAAUAGGAGCCCCCCCGCCCGGCCCCUUCCCAUGCCUGCCGGCUGGGCUCCAGCAUGGCUGUGUACGCCCUCACUGGCUUCUCCCUGGUCAGCCUGCUGAGUUUUGGCUACCUGUCUUGGGACUGGAUGAAGCCCGGCUUGGUGGCCGACGUGGCCGUGGACCCUUUGCAGAAGCCUCUGGCCGCGGCUCGCCCCAGGCCCCCUCACCUCAUCUUCAUUCUGACCGACGACCAAGGCUACCACGACGUGGGCUACCACGGCUCGGAGAUCCAGACGCCGACGUUGGACCGGCUGGCCGCGGAAGGGGUGAAGCUGGAGAACUAUUACAUCCAGCCCAUCUGCACCCCCUCGAGGAGCCAGCUUAUCACCGGAAGGUACCAAAUCCAUACAGGACUUCAGCACUCCAUUAUCCGUCCACGGCAGCCCAACUGCCUGCCCUUCAAUCAAGUCACCCUUCCCCAGAAGUUGCAGGAAGCUGGUUACUCAACCCACAUGGUAGGCAAAUGGCACCUAGGGUUCUAUCGCAAAGAAUGUCUGCCCACCCGCAGAGGCUUUGACACUUUUUUGGGAUCACUGACAGGAAAUGUGGAUUAUUAUACCUAUGACAAUUGUGAUGGGCCCGGAGUGUGCGGCUAUGACCUUCAUGAUGGGGAAAAUGUUGCUUGGGAACAAAGUGGCAAAUAUUCCACCUUCCUCUAUGCUCAGCGAGUCAGCAAAAUCUUGGCCACUCAUAAUCCAAAGGAACCCAUAUUUAUUUAUGUAGCCUUCCAAGCAGUGCACACUCCAUUGCAGUCCCCGAAGGAGUACAUCUACCGCUAUCGCUCCAUGGGUAAUGUGGCGCGGCGCAAAUACGCUGCAAUGGUUACUUGCAUGGAUGAAGCCGUGAAGAACAUCACCUGGGCACUCAAGAAGUAUGGUUACUAUGACAACAGUGUGAUUGUUUUCUCGACAGACAAUGGGGGGCAGACCUUCUCUGGGGGAAGCAACUGGCCUCUGCGAGGCCGCAAAGGAACGUAUUGGGAAGGAGGAGUCCGUGGAAUUGGGUUUGUCCACAGCCCUCUGAUCAAACGCAAACGGAGAACCAGUCGGGCGCUAAUUCACAUAACCGACUGGUACCCAACUCUAGUGACUUUGGCUCGAGGCAACUUGUCUGAAGCAGAUGGUUUGGAUGGUUAUAACGUGUGGCCAGCUAUUAGUGAAGGCAAGGAAUCUCCACGAACUGAAAUUCUGCAUAACAUUGAUCCUCUUUAUAAUCACGCAAAAUAUGGUUCGUUAGAGCGUGGCUAUGGCAUAUGGAACACUGCAGUACAGGCCUCUGUGCGGGUAGGAGACUGGAAGCUACUGACUGGCGACCCUGGUUACAGUGACUGGAUCCCACCACAGACUUUAGCCACCUUCCCAGGAAGCUGGUGGAACUUAGAGCGCCUGACAGAUGGUGUUCGCAAAUCAGUCUGGCUGUUCAACAUCACCGCCGACCCUUAUGAGCGCUAUGACCUGUCGGAGCAGCGGCCUGAUAUCGUCAGGGCUCUGCUUCUCAGACUCGUCCGCUACAACCAGACUGCCAUUCCAGUUAGAUAUCCAGCAGAAAAUCCUCGAGCUCACCCUGACUUCAACGGGGGUGCCUGGGGACCCUGGGCAACGGAUGAAGAAGACGCAUGGGAGGCAGUAGCUCAUGGGAAGCUGAAAAACAAGAAGCGGAAGAAGAAGUGCAAGAUUUGCAAGCUGCGCUCCUUUUUCCGGAAGCUGAACACCAGACUGAUGUCCAACCGCAUCUGAGUGGGGUGGAUGGUUGCCCAAAGCAGCCUUAAUGGGGCGGGGUAUGUCCUAGCAGCCCUUUCCUUACAGGAGCGCAGGAUGCUGCCUUACACUGAGUCCAACUCUCAUUCCAGCCCAGUUGUGUAGUGAAGUCUGUGAUGGGCUGUGGCUCUUCAUGAUUUCAGGCAACCUUCUUUGUUUCCUGUACCUGGAGAUGGCAAGGAUUGGACCUGAGAAUUUUGGCCUGCAAAGCCAUGGGAGGAAGAGGGAAACAGGCAUAGGAUCAGUUCCCCAAUCUCAUCCCACAUCCCCAGACAUAGUGUUCACAGUAGGGUGAUACUCCUAUCCUAUUCCUUUUCAGGUGGGCAUAACUGAGUCUACCCCACUUCCUUUUCCCUCCCUGUUUAAGAACAUCACUCUUCUUCUUACGUUCCUCCUUUGAGCACAGUCCAUCCUGCUGCACCUUCAUGAGAGGGGAAACCCUGCAGUGCCUGUUGCUUCCAGACUGUGGGAGCCUGCUUGCCACGUUUACAGAAACAGCCUCUUCCUAUACAUUGCUUAUUUCUGAACAGGGUUAUCAGUUGGGAUAGUGAUUAAUGACCACGUGUGCCUUACUGCAAGACACAGCACCCUGAAGGACUCUUAACUGCAGGCCAGCUAGGAGCUGGUGGGAAAAGGCGCCGCCUGCAUCAAGCUGUCAGCUAUAAACCAAAGAUCAAACCAGUUGUAUUCCAAAUGCUAAAAGUGUUCAGAGUGUCUCCUUUGGAAGAGGAGCUGCUUUGUGUUUUUUUGCCAUUACCUCAUAAAUGACUGACCAUAAAUAA